AUGGCCGAGGCCGUCCCGGAAGUCGGCGCCUCCUUCCACGGCGUGCUGCACAAGAUGACAUCUACCGAGAUGCAGUCGUUGGAUCAAAUCGAGGUGACGUACGUUCGCGUACCAGCCAAGACACGUCUCUACGACGGCCGCCUUAUUGACGCUACGAUCUAUGGCCGGGACGCGGGCAAGGUCGCGGCCAUGGGGCAGACCGACAAGCCGCCGAGCGAGCGCUACAUCGAAAUCAUGGUGCGCGGCUGUGAGCACUACGGUGUCGCAGCAUCGCACAUUGCCUUGCUCAAGUCGGUGCCGUUCGUGCCUCGUAAAACGCCGAGCGAGUUUGUCUCUGUGCCCGUGCCCGACGGCGUGCCGACGUUUACGCAGGAGGAGCUGCGCGCUGGCACAGGCGUCGACGGACGCCCGCUGUAUGUCUCCAUCAACGGCAAGGUCCGCGAGUACAUCGGGUCGCCCGCCUUUUUCCUCUACUCGCACUACCUGCGCAUGGCAGGCAAGCGGUGGGGCCGCCCGUCGACGCUAGAGGAAUGUACGCGCGAGUACUCGGCUUGCAUUGAAGACACGAUGAUGCACAUUUCAAGCGUCAACUUCAAGGUGAUCGGUCGCAUUGCGCAGCGCUACAGAGACUAG